AGGUUUGACAAGAGAGUAAACAGCUGGACUCGCAUAAUAGUAGCGGUGUUUGGAAAAUGUAAUGACGUGCAAGGCCGUGUAUUCCGAACCGUGAUAGAUAUUUGAUUAAUGAUAAAUUAUAGUCAACUGUACCGUCUCGUUAUCAGGACAAUGUCAGCGCUUCCAAUUUAAUCUUUUGUGAUAAUUAUAAUUCGUAUUUCGAGAGGACGACAUGGCCGAGUUCGACGAUGAACAAUCUCUUCCGCAGAGUAUUAAAUUGCCAGGGGCCGUGGAGGUUUUUGCUAAUUUAAAAAAUGCUCAGUUAUUUGCCAUUGAUAUCGGAUUAUCUUUGACCAAGAUUGCUUACUAUUCUAAAGUAAGCUAUCGUAAGGGACUGUAUGAGAAUGCUGGUUUGGGUAAUAGUGGUGAAAGAGCAUAUAAAGUCUUUGAGGGCAAUAGACUGCAUUUUGUCAAAUUUGAAACGAGACACUUUGAAAGUUGUUUGAAUUUUGUAAAGGAGAACUUGGUGCAUGCUGAAAGAUUUCAAGGCAAGAGCACCAAGGUUACUGGUGGAGGAGCAUUUAAAUAUACUCCGCUACUACAAGAAAAACUGGGUCUAUUAAUUGAUAAAGAAGAUGAACUAUCCUGCUUAAUAAAAGGAUGUAAUUUCCUAUUAAAAAAUAUUUCUUGCGAGGCUUUUGAAUUUGAGAGACAUGGAAGUCCUGAGUAUAAAUUUCAAAAAGCUACCCCUAACAUAUUUCCAUAUAUGCUGGUUAACAUUGGAAGUGGCGUUAGUAUUCUAAAAGUAGACUCUGAGAAACAGUUUGAAAGAGUUGGUGGUACUGCCACUGGUGGUGGAACAUUUUGGGGAUUGGGAUCGCUGUUAACUAAAGCAAAGGGUUUCGAUGAGCUGCUACAAUUGGCAGAGCGAGGUGAUCACCGCAACAUAGAUAUGUUAGUAAAAGAUAUAUACGGUGGUGAUUACAAAUUGCAAGGAUUACCUGGAGAACUAAUUGCUUCAUCUUUUGGCAAGGCAAUGUCUUGCAACAAUAAUCCUGAACCACAUCAAUUCUCGGAAGCUGAUAUUGCAAGAAGCCUUUUAUUUACAAUCAGCAAUGAUAUUGGCCAAAUAGCUAGCCUCUAUGCAUCGAUGCACAAUAUGGAUAAAGUUUACUUUGGUGGCUAUUUUCUUCGGAAUCAUCCCUUAUCGAUGCACAGCAUUUCCUAUUCCAUCAAGUAUUGGUCUCAUGGUAAGGUAAAGCCUCUCUUUCUUCGCCAUGAAGGUUACCUAUGUGCAAUCGGAGCUUUUCUCUACGGUGCUGAACAGUCGGAUAAGUUCAGCUGGUUAGAAAAUUACGCAGGCUCUUCAGGCUUCAAGGAUUCCAUCUCUACAAAACUAGGCAUCCAAGUGGAUCAAUUGGAAAUUGAUCAAGCUGAGAAUGCAGUAACAUUUUGUCCAUUGCUGAGUGACCCUUCAUCUUAUAAUCCGGAUACGAUGGAUCUUGCUCAAGAUAAAGAAGCUAGAGAUUAUUGGCUUCAAUGUUUUGAAGAGUCCGUUGACAAAUUUGUUGCACGCGCAAUUCACAGUCAGCCACAAAGUCCAACUGCUAAGGAUAGAGCAAGCAAACUGAAAGAAAAAUACAUCAAUAGGCUACAUUAUCUUCAUUUGCAGCCAUUUGCCUAUGGUACUCUUACUGUCAGAACACUAUUGGACACUAUUGAGCAUUGUAUGAAAGAAUUUGACUUUCCCGAUCCUUACUUGCACCAAAAAAAAAUUGAAAAUGAGAAUGCAUUAAAGCAUUUACCAGAUCGGAUCUCAGCGCUGGAUAAGUUAGAGGGUGCAGAAAAAAUAAAGGCCCUUGUACUAGGUGUCCUAAGUGGGAAUAUGUUUGAUUGGGGGGCACAAGAAGUUGUAACUUUAAUGGAAACAACGAAUUUUGGUUUUAAGGAAGCACAAGAGCAGAUACCAGGUAGGCCAUGGUUGCAAGAUUGUUUGGAUGAUUGGAUAAAUAGAUUACAAGAGGAUCGACCGCACAAAUGCGCUGCUAUUUUUGUUGAUAACAGCGGCGUUGAUAUAGUCCUUGGAAUUUUACCAUUUGCUCGUGAUUUAUUACAGCGAGGCACUAAGGUCAUCCUAUGCGCUAACUCUACACCGGCUCUGAACGACGUAACGUAUCCUGAAUUAGUGGUAACACUGCGUGAUGCAGCAAAAGUUUGUAGAGUUAUUAAAAAAGCUAUCAAGGAGAAUAGAUUACUUGCCAUGGAAACAGCACAAGCUGGCCCUUGUCUAGAUUUGAGUCGACUGAAUUUGGAUCUCUGUCUUGCCAUGGUGCAGCAUAAGGUGGACCUUGUAGUAAUCGAAGGAAUGGGACGGUCUCUGCAUACGAAUCUCUAUGCUAAAAUGAAGUGCGAAUGUUUGAAAUUAGCUGUUGUGAAAAAUCGUUGGCUCGCGCUUCGUCUUGGCGGUGAUAUGUAUGCCGUAAUAUGCAAAUACGAAAGACCACCAAGAAAAGUUAAGACUGGAGAUCUUGGAAAAAUUGAUAAUGGUCAGAGAAAGAUCUGUUCAACAAUUUGCAUCGAAGCCGAAAGGAAUGUGUGCAUAUGCAAAAAAUUAAACGAGGAAAAAUUGACUAAGGAUAUGAAUUUAUCUAAGAAGGGAACGGGAGAGGAAAUUUGUGAACUUGAGCCUAGAUUAUCCUCGUCGACUGACGACAAUGAUAACGAUAACGAUUACAAUGCCGAAGACGAUGAUCCUCUAUAAUCAUAAAAUAUGAUUGUCGAUGAAACUGACAUCAUGUAUUAUUAUUUUGUCUAUAAAUCUUUGUAUAAAUAUUCGAUUUUAUAGAAACAUAUUGUCACUUUGCUAUUGCCAACUCGACAGUGGUAAUUAGAUUUUUCAAGUAUAAAAUUAAUACACUUCUUGGUUAGAUUGGAUACAAGAUUUUUCUAUACACUGGAUAACAUUCGUCUUUUAUCUAGCAACAAGUUGAUGCUCAAAGGAAAUACGUUUUUCUGCCGUCUGCCAAUAUCCGUGGUACAUUUCUUUGUGAGUGAACUUAUUCCCAGCUGAAGUGACAUUUUUUUUAAGCCUGAAGCAAAUAAUCUUUCUGUUGCUUUUUGCAAGUAUGUACAAUAUGUCACUUUUUCAGUUUGUAAAUGAAUAGUACACAAAACAGAUUCGACUAAGACUUUCAAAAGUAUGAUAAAGAGUUAUUUAUACUUUAGCGUACCAUAAAUAAGCUAAGUCUGGUUAAGUUUACGACCAGAGAUAAUUCAUAUCUUUAAUAUACUUUGAACAACAUUAGGAUGCAAAGUGAACCUGGUGUAUUUAGACAUUUACACUAGAACACAUUACAUAUAGACUUAUUAGAUCUAUGCAAAAUUUAUAGAAAUAUUAUUAUUAGCAACGCCAGUUUCGUUUACUUAAAUAUGAUAGAAGCUCGUAAUCGAAAUUCAAGGUAAAUAACAAACGCAUCCAAUAUAUCUACAGGAUUCCUGUUUGUACCUGUGGUCAAUGAAUAUACAAAUUGCCUUUUUUUUCAUAAAGUGUCUUGUUGAGGAUAUUGAAAUUCUGUCUUUUGAGUGCAUCAAUUAUGCAGUACAAGUAGGUGCAAUGUUAAGAGAAGGAUAGGUUUUUUAAUAAAAAAACCUCGUGAUAAUCAUCAGCUUUAAAAGAAUGUGCUCGUAAUGUUACUUUACAUGAUUCUAUUCCAUUACGUUUAACUGAGCUACUGAUCCUGUAAUUUCCAUAGAAGGAUACACGUGAAUUCCAAAUGCCAUUUGAUAUAACACGUCUUCAAUGUUUUAUUGUUUAUUAAUUCAUUGAUAAUAAAAAUAUUCUUAUAGCAAGGAUUAGUAGUGGUUUAUCAGACGAAAGACAAUAAAAAUACAUAUGUUCUUUAUGCUCUUGCAAGGAUUCACUGGUUUUAAUAAUAUUAAUAUUCGAGCACAUUUUUUAAAAAUGUUACUGCAUCAGAGAACCAAGAAUUCUAUAGAAAUAUGCAAAGAAAAAAAAUAACAAUACAGUAAGAUUUCUGUGAUAUUAUAUAAAUAUUAUAUUAGGAGAAAAAUAAUGUUCUGUACAUGUAUGCUAUAAGCUGAUAAUCAAGCAUUGAACUAACUCAUUUUUAGUACAAGUAUAUACAAUUUCAACAAAUUAACUGACUUUGAUAAGUAUUAUUUAAUCGAAUUGCCAUAACAAUGCUUGAAAUACAUUGUAUCGCAGAAGUUUGGAUGGGAAUGUUAAAAGAAUACAGUCGCGGUUCGCAAAAAAAAAAUGUAUUUAUUUUAUUGAUAUAUGAACAAAAUAAAAAAUUUAUCAUAUACAAUUAAAUAACUGCAUUAAUCAUUCGAUUUUCACUUUAUUGUUAAAGUAAAUAAACUUCAAUAAUUUUAGUGUACAAAUAUACAUUACAAUUUUUAGUUGUAUUGCAUAUAAAGAUGUACUUAUAUGCAAAUAUACUGUCUAAAUAAUAUAGUUUGGGAGUCUUUUGAUACUGUUAUAAUAUUACACUAAUUAGAAGUUAUCGGAAAUAAAGUAAAGCUAUAUCAAACAUA